GUUUUGGUUAACUUUCUCCCUUGCUGUCAUGGUGCGAAACCAAUUACACGCGCUUUGUCAACUCAAGGCCGGUGUUUUACUGGCUGCGACACAAGCUGUACUUAACAUGAACAUCUGAAGUUAUUAAUUAAGAUGUUAAUUUUUGGAUUAAAAAUGAUGGGGACGCCUCUUCGCUCCGUUACACACAAGACUGAUGGACGCAUCAAACCUAAUGUUCCGCCAAUAAACACCUCAACCCCACCCCCGGACUGAGUGAAUGAAGGGCGGGGGUUGGAGCAUUCCUUUCAUACUGUCAGAGCAGUGAUGUUGGAUGAUUAUGCGUCUUGGAGGAGAGAGGAGAGUGGAUGACAGGACAGGAGGGUGGAGUGGCAUCAUGUAUUUAACACUGAUGUAACUCUCCAAGAUCCAGCUCUGACUUGGCAGAAAUGUUUUUGUCCAACUUGUAGACUGCACACUGGAGUCCAGAUUAUCUUAAAGUGUCUGUGAACUGCUGACACUAUGAAUGAGGAAAAUGAAAGCGUCUAUCUGAACAGGUCACUGACGGGGAUGGACCGCUUCAGCAACCUGGAGGAUAUCGACGUGACAGCUGAUGGGAGCCCGGUUCUAAGGUUCCUCAUCUGCAUCGUGUAUCUGGUGGUCUGCGCCGCGGGUCUGAUAGGCAACCUCCUGGUCCUCUUCUUCAUCAGGGUCAAAAAGGAGAGGAAGAAGUCCAGGGUGAACUUCUUCGUUCUCAACUUGGCAGUGACGGACCUGCAGUUCGUUCUCACUCUGCCCUUCUGGGCGGUGGACACCGCGCUGGACUUCAGCUGGCCGUUUGGAGACGCCAUGUGCAAAAUUAUUCUCUCGAUCACGGUGAUGAACAUGUACGCCAGCGUGUUUUUUCUCACCGCCAUGAGCGUGACCCGCUACUGGUCGGUGGCCUCUGCUCUGAAGAACAGAACCGCGCAGAAGUCAUGUUCCGCCAAAUGGAUCUGCGCAAUUAUCUGGACACUGGCGACUCUGGCGACUGCGCCGACGUCGAUUUACUCAACUGUCAGUAACGUAACCGGGGAAAAACUGUGUUUGCUGAGGUUCCCGGGUGGUCAGUACUGGUUAGCGGUUUAUCACAUACAGAAAAUACUUGUGGGUUUUGUGUUGCCAAUGUCCAUCGUGUCCAUCAGCUAUAUCAUGCUGCUGCGUUUCAUCCGAAACCGGAGUAUGAAAACGAGCAACCCCAAACGGAGAUCCCAGGUCACAAAAUCUAUCACCAUCGUCGUGCUGUCCUUCUUCCUGUGCUGGAUGCCAAACCAUGCUAUCACCUUGUGGAGUGUGCUGGUCAAGCUGAACGUUGCGAACUGGGACAAAGCGUAUUACAUAGUCCACACAUAUGUGUUCCCACUGACCGUCUGUCUGGCGCACACCAACAGCUGCCUGAAUCCCAUUAUUUACUGCCUCAUGAGGAAGGAGUUCAGGAACAAACUGAGGGGUCUGAUUAACAGAGGAUAGGAGUUUUUUGAGCGCUGUGAAUGAUUUGACAGAGCGCGAAAUGUGUUGACCAACAGUGACCAAGACGCACCAGGUGCGCACGGCAAAAAAGGCGUGGAGUAAGAGAGGAGUCCCCCAGAGAGCACAAACAGGACAGGCAACAUCAUGUCGAGAGUAUUAACUCGAUUGUGCUCAUGGAAAAUGUAACUUUAAUCAGCGCUUCUUGUCUUUAACGUCUUGCGUAAUGUGUCUUAAUUUCUAUAGAGCACCCGUGGCUACUGGUCUAUGGGUCCGUGCACACCAGCUGCUAAUUGUGCGUAAAAAAUAGUACAUGUGUGAUCACUGUAGCAUUGUUCGUUAAAUAUCCAUUAGGAUUGAUGUACCUCCAGUCCACAGUCUAAGUGACUGCGUGCGUCACUUAGACUGUGGAGUGGCGGUUACCUGCUCAUUAGUGCGGUCGCCUUAUAAUUCAAUAACUGACGAGUGGACGCGUGCUUUCUACAUCCAUAUGUGAAUGUCUAAGCGAAUAAUGUAACCAUUGUGCAAUAGGUGUAUUAAGUACGGCUACAAACAUCACCUCGCCACAAAUGGUGGCAAAUGGUGAGGAAGACACAGCGAGCAAAAAUUAAUAGCCAAAUUGCUGAGAAUAUUACUGUUGUAAAUACGCAAAAAGAAAAAUAAAUAAACUGUAUCCACUAUGUGUGACAGUAAAAAAUGUGCCGAAGUUUUCACGUAUCAGUUUUCCUCAUGAAUAAUUACUGACUGUCAAAUUGAGACAGAUGAUGAGAUUUUAUCAGCAGGUGUAAUAUUGUGUUGAUCUGAAAGACAGUGAGCCCAGUGGCGUAGCAAGUCAGCGCCAGGCCCCAAUGUAAGACAGUAAAAGGGGGCCCUACCCAUCACAAUAUAUCAUAUCCCAGAAUUCCAAGUGAGUACCUUUGCACAUUGUGAACUUCAAAUCGUCCAUUUAAUCCUUAUUUAAACUGAAUUUAGAAAUGUAGAAUAGAGGCAUGAGUCUGAUGACUUGGCUUACAGAGCAAUAUAAAUACUUACUGCUUGUGUAAGUGUAGUUGCCCUAUGUAUACUGUAGGCUCCGUGGUAAAGAUGCUUAUGUUCUUUUGCUAUGAUAGUGGCAAGCUGAAAUUAAUUGAUAAAAAAGGGCCCCUACUCCAAAUUCGUCAGAUCCCAGUCUGAUCCAGCAUCUGUGGGACCUGCCAAAUAUUGUGUAGAUUCCCUUUGGGCCACGAAAACAGCUCUGACCUAUCAGGGCAUGGACACAGGACCUCUGGGGGUGUCCAGUGAUGUAUUGCAUCGGAACAGUGGCAGCGGAUUCUUUGGGUCCUGUGGGUUGUGUGCUGGGGCCUUGACCGUCUGGCUGGUUCCAAUGCAUCCUACAAAUGCUGGAUCACAUUGGCAUCCUUGGAGCUUGGAGGCCAGGUCAACACCUUGGGCUCUUGGUCUUGCUCCUCGAAACAUCCCUGUCUGAUGUGUGGCGCAUGUCAAGUAAUGUCCAGGUGAAUGCCAGGAGCUAAGGUUUCUGAGCAGAGAAUUGCACCAUAAUGAGAUGUUAUUCAAUAAAUUAUGUUAACUUCAACUGUCAGUGGUUUUAAUGUUAUAGCUGAUCAGUGCAUAUGGUAGUAAAGCCUGAGUGAGCCAGCUAUGUAUAAAACAGGACAGGUCUUUACCAUUGAGUCAGAUUAACGACCUGCUGACUGAAUAGGCUCAACUGUGCAAACCAGACAAAUGAAAUAGACUUUGUAAUGGAUUUUUAUGCUCAUCGCCAAAAACACUCUUAACCUCCUGAGAACCAAGGGAAAAAAGUGUCUUACAAUUUCUGUUUUUUUGUGAUUUCCUAUCUAUUUGGGCCAAAAAAACACCUUACAAUUUAAAUUUUUUUAAAUAUAUUUUUUAUUUAAAUUUCACAGCAUGUCCAUUGUAGAGGACAACAGGACGAUAUCUGUGUGAAAAUAGAACUAAAUUUAGAAAACAAGAAAAAAGGAGCAGAUUAUAUCUUUGGCUUGGAAGGGUAACUCCAAAUACUUAAGAAAAAUAAAGGUGAACAAAAUGUCCAUUAUAAAGGACAUAAAUGAAUGGGCCGGGUCUCAGGAGGAUAUAAUUACUCAUAAGAAAAGAGUGACUGCAUCCACAAGCACUGCAUGAGACACGUGCACAAAGGCCUCACUGAAUAGGUUAGUGAGCUGCAGCACACAUGCACACACAGCCGGGGUGUCAUUAGCACGCAUUUACAUCCGAAACCAGGCUCUAUUUUUCUGAACUAAACAGCCUUUAAGUAUUCAAAGGCACCAUCAACUUGAUUUGUGUUGUAUUUGGAUGUAUUGAUGUGGAUUUUCAUUUUUUAUGUGUGUAUUUAUUUACUUAUUUAAGAUUUUAUUGUUUGAUUUUAGGUUGUAUACCUGUUUGCCAUGUAAAUAAAUGGAUCAGAUGUAUUUAAAAAUCCAAUAAAAUAAAUGGAAUAGAAAAAACAAAAAA